CGCUCAUUGUCGACCAUCGCCUCUUACGAGCAACUGCGCUCAACUUGCAUCUUCGUGAGUCACCGAAUCUCACGGCUUACGAAGUUGUUCGCGUCUGACACGCUCAUCGACGUUCUUUGCGACACCAAACUCACUGUCACCUCCGCGCAUGGUCCUAACGGAUUUCACUUGAGCUUCGCGCCACCUUUGGGCUCUCAUCUCGAAGAGAGUUCCAAUAUGGCGCCAGGUGGAAAGAGGAAGAGAGGGGACCGUUCCGAGUCGAACGAUGCAAACAGUCGACCAUCGCCUCAUCGACCUCAGAACCUCGGUUUGGGAAACCAGCAAUACCAGAACAAUGCUCGCGGUGGCCGCCGUGGCAGCAGAACAGGCGGGCGCGGUGGAAACAACAGUACUCCUCAGAGUCCAAGUGUGACCCAUCAAUCCCCUACCGCCAUGUCGCCCCCAGCGACCAUUCCCUCCGCCAACAGGCCUUCUUCUCAAACCCCAACUCAGACCCAGGCACCAGCACCCUCCACCCCAAUCAAGACAACACCGAACCCUCCACCGCAAACACAGAAACCGGCGUCGCCUAGGUCGCCAAAUGUAUCGAUUUACAAUGAAUACCUGAAGCAGGACCUUGUCACCUCAUGGAGCAGUGGAGGUCGAAGCAAACUUGUGAAAGAGACUUCGGAGCAACUAGGUAAAGGAGAUUGGCUACAGCUUUCGAUCGCAUUUGAAGAGAUCAUUCAAGCAUGCGUCGAUCGGACUAUCGCCAGCGACGAGCUUGGAUCUGUCAUAAGUGAGGUACUGGCCACUCCUUCACCCGAGGAGGGGAUUGAUCCGAUAUCAAUCUUCUUGGAUACCAUCAGCACUUUGACCGAGACCGGCGCAACAACCGCCCCUCUCAAGGGCUUGCUCGAAGCGACUGGUAUAGACCCGGCGCGCAUGCGAAGCGAACUCGAAACUUCCCUUCUGACUACCCUCAACCUGGUUCGACCGACCUUCUCUCGCGUAGCCAUCCGUAAGGCUACUCACGCCCUCUAUCGCCAAUCGAAUUACAACUUGCUUCGCGAGGAAACUGAGGGUUACUCUAAGCUGGUCACGGAAUACUUCACAACCGUCAACAAUGAACCGCCCAGUGCAGAAGUUGUAACGGAGACAUUUCAAAGGGUGAAGGCUUUGAUCGGCGCAUUCGAUCUUGACGUUGGUAGAGUCUUAGAUGUCACUCUUGAUGUCUUCGCAAAUCUGCUGGUCAAGCACACGAAGUUCUUCGUCAAGCUGCUUCGUGUCAGCUCCUGGUGGCCGGAACUCAAAGAUCCGCACGGCAUCGAAUGGACAGAACCUUUAGUAUCAGCCCUGCCUUUAUGGGCAUCGCCUGAUUUUGCACUUCAUUAUUAUACCGAAGAGCAAAAGGAUGAGCAGCUCCGACUAAGACAAGAACGAGAUGUAGAGUUCUGGAAGAGUGUCGAUGAGCUUGGUAUCAAGGCUUGGUUUGAUCUCGGAGCCCGGAAGAUCACCAGUUCCAUCGCAUCCCUCGAAAACCUCGACGACACAGAUAUGAAGGAUGAUACGGACCGCCCCGAGAAGAAAGCGACUGAGGCUGCCGACUUCGAAAACAUCCAAAAAUGGACUCAAGAAUGGAUGGCCGAGACCAAGACUUUAACCCCCAAUGGAAAUCGAAUUGCCGCUCAACUACUUGGAUUCAAACUUCGCUUCUAUGCGUCCGACGUUCGCGAUGCGCAUGAUAUCUUGCCCGAGAACCUCAUUUAUCUCGCGGCAUUGCUCAUCAAAAUAGGGUUCAUAUCCCUUGUGGAUCUUUAUCCCCACAUCUAUCCCCUUGAUGCCGACAUGCCUGCACACCGCGACAAACUUAUGAAGGCAAAGAAAGAACGAGAUGAUAAGGCAAGCGGCAGGUCUAACAAUGCCCUUGCCAUGGCCGGUGCUCUCCCAGACGAAGGUGUACCUCAACCAGCCUCCGUUGUCCGCCUCCGAGAAUCCGAAAGCAAAGCAUCCUCAAAGCCGGACUCUGAGAGAGGCACACCUACGAGCGAUGACGAGCCGAAACCACAAUUACCCGAGCCUGCCGAUCAAAAGGUUGCUCUUCUCCGCAGCUUACUUUGCAUUGGCGCCAUCCCCGAGGCUUUGUUCAUUCUUAGUCGUUUCCCUUGGUUGCUGGAGGUCUACCCUGACCUCCAUGCCUACCUUUUCCGAUUGGCACAUCACUCACUAAGUAAAGUUUACGAAGAAUCCAAGGACUUUUCCCCGGAGGAUACAUCCCUUUCAUCGAAACACGCUCCCGAAAAUGCGGCCGCUCGACCGUCCGAUUAUGUCCCACGACGAACUCUUCGAUGGGCUAAGAUGGAGGAGAAAGAUGCAGGCGACGGUAUCGACUAUCGCUUCUACUGGGAAGAUUGGAUGGACAAUGUUCCUGUAUGCCAGAACGUGGAUGAUGUUCUGAAACUGUGCAAUUCCCUCUUGGGUCUCAUUGGUGUCGAGUGUGGUAAAGAUGCGGUGCUCUUGACUAAACUCGCCCGUAUCGCAAGGAAAAACCUUGCCGGAGAUUCCUCCAAGCAGAACACCAAACGAUGGAUCACCUUUUCGGCAACAUUCCUCGGACCUGCUUUGUCUUACUCGGGAGAGAACCCCGGAGUCGUCAAUGAAGUCUGGGCUCUCUUCUCUCAAUUCGAUACCGCAACCAGAUAUAGCAUCUAUCAAAACUGGUUCGCCGGCCCAGGCAAAUCGAAGUUGCGCCCAAAAUUUGCAGAAGUCACCCACACUGUCCAACAGCUGUUCCGACGUAUCAGUAGCGAAAACACACGCGAGAUGGGUCGAGCCCUCGCAACGUCGGCUUGCUCUUCCCCUGGCAUCGUUUUCGAGUUGGCCUUGAGAGCAGCUGAAUCCUACUCAAACAUGAUUCAGCCUCUGGUGGAAUGUUGUCGAUAUCUCACACCUCUUGGCUAUGACUGCCUCAAUUGGACUUUCAUCAAUGCAUUCAAGAAUACCCGUGCAACCAUGGAAGGCGAUGGAAUGUUGACAAAGUCAUGGCUCAGACACACCGCGACUUUCAUGGGCAAGGCGUAUAAACAAUACGCAAAGAUGGAUGCUACACCUCUUUUGCAAUUCAUCGCCGACCAAAUGCUUCGUGGGAAGUUCUUUGGCCUGCAGAUUCUCGACCAACUAGUCAGCUCAAUGGGCGGUAUUGCACCCAACCCAUCGCUUAGUGAAUCCCAGGUUCAUGGCCUGUCCGCAGGACCUCUUUUGCGCGCCUUCACCCUCGAACACUACCUUGGCGACAAACGACACGACAGCAUUAUUGGCUCAAAACGACUUUUAUCAUUUUUGAAUAAUGCUGGGCUUUCCCCUCAGAUCCUCAUUACCAUGGCUCUCGAGUUAGAGCAAUACGUAUACCACGAGGAGUUCGAGGACACUCCACUAAAAGUUUUGGGUAUCAAUCUCGACAAUUUACGUCUGAAUUUCGACCAGUAUCUCGAUUUCCUUCGCACCAAUCUAUCGGUCGAAGAAUUCAAUGCUACCAUCCCAGGACUGGUGGAGCUGAUGGCCUUGUACGGAGUUGCUCCACCAAUCGCUUUUGCAAUCACUCGAGAGAGCCUGGCCAGGUCGUCGAACGCUGCCCGAGCAGAGAUCAAGUCCAAAAUUGCGAAGUCUCAACAGGCGCUCACGGCUUCAAAAACCGAAGACUCGUCUAAGUCCGAAACACCACAAACGAAUGGCGACGUUCCAAUGGCUGGAGUUGACGAGGCACCUUCAACGAGCGGUACUCAAGCCGAGUCUACCACUAAAUCGGAGCCUAUGGAAACUGAGGACGGAACGGAAGUCAAAGAAGACGUGGAGAUGAAGGAGUCAUCAAACGAGGAGAAACCAACUCCUGCACCUUUGCCCGGGCGGACAAACCCAGCAAUUGACGCCAUCGCAACCCAACUCAAAGAACGCAUGCCAGACACAUACGGCAGUCACAUCUGUCUCAACUUCUUCGUUACAUUUUGGCAACUCUCGCUCGCAGAUGUCUUCACCACUACGUCCAUGAAGGAACUCAAGGAAUACACAACCGCCUGGAAGUUUUACUCGGACAAAGCAAUGCGUGUGCGCAAUGACCGACGUGAUAUGAGUUCAGCAGGCUCCAACAAGCGAAACGCAAAUUCUCAAGCCUUCCAUGAGCUAAGUGCGUCGCUCAGAGCAGAACCCAAAGAUGUCCUAGAAUCCGCUCUCAAGAUCCGGGAGCACUUAAAGGAGGAAAUGCAUCAAUGGUUCGAUGGUAUUCCCAUGGUUGACGCUCGCUCCGAGGAACUUCAUGACACCAUUUUGCAAGAUUGCUUCUUGGCCCGCGUGAUGUUGUCUCCACAAGAUGCACAGUAUGCAUCUGCGAUGCUCAAAUUCAUGCAUGAGCUCGGUGUGCCGGGCUUCCGGACCAUGAAGCUCCUCGAUCAACUCUUCAGGCAGAAGCUGCUCACAAACGUUUUCUUCAUGUGCACAGGCCGCGAGGCACAAAAUCUCGGCCGUUUCCUGAACGACAUUCUCAAGGAGCUAAAUUUCUGGCAUGCAAAGCAGGCAAACUACACCAAAUUUGCCCAAGGCCAGAAGAAGUCACUUCCUGGCUUCGGUCGAACAUUCAACGCUGAUCGUACGCCUUCUUCCUUCCUAGAUUUCGAGGAUUAUCGCCGCGUCCUAUACAAGUGGCACACUCAACUCUUCAGGGCUCUCGAAACCUGCCUCAAGAGCGACGAGUACAUGCACAUUCGAAAUGCCGUCAACAUCCUCAAGGCUAUUGCCCCCAAUUUCCCUAAAGUGGAGACGAUGGGCAAGGGCCUCCAGCAGACGAUCCAGCAUUUGUCACAGAACGACUCGAGAGAAGACCUCAAGCUUACGGCCAUGUCCCUCCUCGGCGACUUCAAGAAGAACGAAAAGUUCUGGAUGAGCCAGGCCAUUUUCCACCACACCCGAAAUGCACCCAACGCCUCGAACGCCAGCACUGCCAGUCGAACCGGAUCUGAACAACCAAAAACUCCCCAGGCACCCGAGCCUACAAACUCGAAACUCGAUGCAGCUGCUCCGGAAUUUGAGCCCGAGAAGCCAACUACAAACGGUGCAUCGGGGGCAAAUGGUGGAGAGGCUGAAAGCAGCGAUGCGGACAAGAAACAAAUCCCCGUGCCAGAAGAGACCCAGGAGCCUGGCGAGGCCUCGCAAAGCGAGCGUAACGAUAACACCCAGGAUGCUGAGCCCCAGCCAUCGUCUAUUCCGCCUAUUCCUCCGGUCAGUCGGUCGGACAGUAGAGGUGCUCAUACUAUACACCCAAGCCGGGCUACUCACGCCCUACCUGCCCGGCCAGAUGCACAUCUACCAGCCAGAGGUCCUCGGCAAACGGACCGAGGUGGCGAACGCCCACCUCCUGAGUUCAGCGGGCAUAAUAGAAGCGAUCCUCGCAGCAAUGCCACGCCGGAGUAUGUACGACACGAUCGACAAAGGGAUCCCAUGCAGCGCGAGUCGUUCGCUGAACGUCGUGAGGCGUCACCUGGUCGCGGCCCACGUGGCCGGACACCUGAACGAGGCUCUGGCUGGGGUUCUCGUGAACGAGAUCCCCGGGAUCAGCGAGAGCUUCGAGACUAUCCGGACGAGCGAGCAAUGCGUCCUCCGCCUCGCGACAUCCGGGGUCCUCCGCAAUACGACAACAGAGACUCGAGAGAGCCUCGACACCCAAGAGACCCUAGAGAUCGCGUCCCGCUGCCCCCUACUCCAAUGGAUGGUCGCGGCCGCAUGCACCCAACCCCGUCAACCCCUGACAAUAGUGGAUCAUACCGACACAGUCAUCAGAACAGCGAUCGUGGUGCCCCCCUUCCACCACGUCCGUCAGGCGAUAGGCCAUCGAAUACACAAACUCUCACACCAUCUGGUCCUGCUGAACGAGGCAUGAUCAAUCCAGAACGGGCUGCCCUCAUGGGUGACGAACGACCUCGCAACGAGGGCUAUAGGUCAGACCGAGAGAGGGAACCUCGUCGUGAGCGAGACCCUCGACACCCGUCUCCUAGGCGUGAUGAAAGGGUUCCGCCCUCUUACCCACCUCGACAUGAAGGAACUCGUGAGAUUCGCGAUCCUCGUGACUCGAGAGGUAAUGAAAGUGCAGUGCAUGGCAGAACUCCUCCACAUCCCGGACCACCUCCAGGGCGGGAUCGUCGUGACGAGCAGGCUGGUGCGGCGCCUACAGGUCCACGCGGGCCUCGUGGCGAUGCUCCUUCUCGAACAGCUCGCGACGCCUUCCUCGCACCUCAUGGACAUCGAGCAGCCGCUCAUCCAGCCCAAGAUCCUAAUUACGGCAGAUUGAAUGCUCCCGCUGAAGCCAUUCCUUCUGGCCCACGAAACCCGCAAUCAGAUCGACGUGAUACCCCUCGUAGAGAGCCCGAGCAACCACGACCUGCUCCUGCUCAGCAGGCGGCGACGCCAACUACUCCUCAGGGCACUGCACCCGGUAUCCACCCAAGUAGACUUUCAAACUUCAACGCCGGUCGACCGUCCCCAAUUCAAACAGACUCUCCCUCUGUUCCCAGCGGACCUCGCGGUGGCUCAACCAGAACACAACAAGGCCCAUCGCCAUCAACAUCACGUGCAGUUCCAACUGGUCCAGCAUCUUCAACGGAACGCAACGGAAGGAAUCGAGACGGGAACCAAUUGCGAGCCAUUACGAGCGUGCUGAGCCAAAACGUUUCUACGCCAGAAGAGAGGAGUCCUGUAUCCUCAGCGCCUCAAGUUCGUGGUCGCGGUAGCAGGAAUAUGCCCCCUGCCGCUGCUCCUCCCGCCGGGCCUCCUCAGCAUUCAGGUACACCUAACGCCCCUCGAACUGACUACCAGCAGCCUAGGGGCGAUAAGUCUGAUCAUAGCUCCAAUCGUAACGAUGGCCGUUUUGAUGAUGGCAGACAAGAACAACGUGGCCAUAGGGAUGGUAGGCGGAGAGGAAGGAGUCGAUCUCAGGAACGAGGUGAUAGGCCGCCGCGAGAAGAGCGGGCACCGCGUAAUGGUCCCGAAGAACGAACCCCACGUGGUGAUGAACAGGAACGCCCUAACGAACGAGAGCGGGGCUCGGGACGCGAUAGACGAGCUGGAGAUGGCGGAAGUAGUCGGCGUGAUAAAGAGCGCGAUGGCAGAGAGCGACGUGAGCGCAAGGAUGAUGGACGGCCUUCGGGUAGAAAUGAAGAGAUGGGUAUGAGACGGGGAGGACCGCCUGUCGGACCGGACCCUAUGCUCCACCAGAACGAAGGUCGCGGUGACCCAUCUCGAGGAGGCAGAGGCGGUGAAAGGAGGGAAGACCGAGGGGAUCGACGACGGGAUGACCAACGUGACGAGAGACGAGAUAACCGUGGUGGACGGAAGAGGGAGCGAGGCGAGGAGGCACUGAACGGUGAUCCAAAGCGGCAGCGGCGAUGAACGACGACAUCGCAUGAUAACAGACUUUUCAACUUCCAUUCUAUGUAUUCAUCAUGAGGACUUUUGGCGGAGGAGGGAAAAUUUGAAAGAGCAGGAAUUUGGGGAUCGCGGACUUCCAGGCUCGAAUUCGAAAGAAAGAAAUCACAACUUGAACACUAUUCUGUACUACAUACCUACUUCCAUCCAAGCAACUUGGUACGGCGUUUAUCUUCUUUCAGGUGGAUCAGCAUCUGGCAUUACUUG